AUGUUUAGUAUCCGGGUCUAUAUUGUAAAUUACAAUAAAUAUAUUAUUGUAAAAUUAUUAUUAUUUUUACAAUAUUUUUUACAAAUAUCAGGAGAAAAUUGUCCUAUUCCAACAAGUAAUACAAAUGAAAAAGUUUCUUAUCAAACAAUAUCAACAAAUUCAUUAGUAUUAAAUACAAUUAUUAAACAAAAAAGGUGUCCUGAUUUUAAGGAUGAUCCUGAACAAAAUGCUUGUUGUCCCUCAGCUGUAACACCAGGAACAUUUUAUUGCUGUACAGAGGAACAAAAAAAAGAAAUUGAAGCAAAUAUAGCAUCUGAAUUAAGGAGCAAAUUUAUUAAAAAUUACUUAGCAGCAAUAAUUGUUAUUUCUGUUAUCACAUUUCUUCUGGUAUUUUUUAUAACUUCAUUGGUAUGCAAAAGAUUUAAAUGCUGUCCAUUAUAUAAAACAAGACAUUCUUAUGUAUCAACAAAUAUACCAACUAACUAUCGACCUGUUAUUGAAAGGAUUCCACAGAAACCUUCAAUUUAUGAAGCACCGCCACCAUAUGACUAUCCAUUUUCAUCAGCAGCAACAGUUGUCUCAACAACAUCAAAUGGAUCACAUACAACAACAGCACCAUUUAUUCCAAUCCACCCACCAGCAACAGGAUCAACAAGUUAUAUGGAGAAUCAAUGGAAUUGUAUAUUAGAGAAUAGACUUAAUUCUCUUCGCGAAUCAAAUUUUAAUGAUUAA